CACGUUGGCAACAAACUCCGUCCUUCGUACUUUUCUUUUCCGCUGCGGACUCGAACGUGCACGGUUGUGUUAUUUCCAAAAAUGUCCGAAACUCUUCAAUUAAAAGGGACCCUUCUGGGUCACAAUGGGUGGAUUACGCAAAUCGCAACUAACCCGAAAUACCCAGACAUGAUUUUAUCGUCGUCACGAGACAAAACCCUCAUCGUCUGGAAAUUGACACGUGAAGAAACCCAGUACGGCGUUCCGCAGAAGCGUCUCUACGGCCAUUCGCAUUUUAUCUCCGACGUAGUCCUCUCCAGCGACGGCAACUACGCCCUUUCUGGUUCCUGGGACAAGACUCUGCGCCUGUGGGACUUGGCCGCCGGAAAGACGACUCGCCGGUUCGAAGACCACACAAAGGAUGUCUUAAGUGUGGCUUUCUCCGUGGAUAACCGGCAAAUCGUGUCAGGAUCGCGCGAUAAGACCAUCAAGCUGUGGAACACUUUGGCUGAGUGUAAAUACACGAUUCAGGAUGAUGGGCACUCUGAUUGGGUUUCUUGCGUUAGGUUCUCCCCUAAUCACUCCAAUCCGAUUAUUGUUUCGGCUGGGUGGGACCGCAUGGUUAAAGUCUGGAACUUGACUAACUGUCGCCUGAAGAUCAACCAUUCGGGACAUACAGGAUACUUGAACACGGUCACGGUUUCUCCUGAUGGGAGUCUGUGUGCUAGUGGAGGCAAGGAUUGCAAAGCUAUGCUUUGGGAUCUGAAUGAUGGGAAGCAUUUACACACGCUUGACCAUAAUGACAUCAUUACAGCAUUGUGCUUCUCACCUAAUAGGUACUGGUUGUGCGCUGCCUUUGGGCCUUCUAUUAAAAUCUGGGACUUGGAAAGCAAGGAAAUGGUUGAAGAACUCAGACCUGAGGUUGUAUCUCAACCUCUGAGCAAAGCUGAGCCCCCACAAUGUUUGUCCCUUGCAUGGUCCACUGAUGGGCAAACUUUGUUCGCUGGGUAUUCAGACAAUACAAUUAGGGUGUGGCAAGUCAGCAUUUCUGCCCACUAACUUUUGUAUUUUUACUAUUAAUAAACAGUAAGAAAAUAA